AUGAAUAAGAAAAAGUCAAUAUUUCUGUUUGAUGUAGAUGGGACUCUCACAUAUUCAAGAAAAACAAUUGAACAAAAUGUUGUUGAUGCUUUGUUGGAACUUAAAUCAAAGGAAGGGUUUGUUUUAGGAAUAGUUGGUGGCUCAGAUUAUGAAAAGAUUAGGGAACAAAUUAAAUACCCUGAAAUAUUCGAUUAUAUCUUUUCUGAAAACGGAGUUGUUGCACAUAAAAACGAUGAACAAUAUUCUGCAGAGAGUAUAGUAAGCUUUUUGGGAGAAGACAAAUUAAAAAAAUUGAUAAAUUAUAGUUUAAAAUAUAUUGCCAAUUUGGAUAUACCAAAGAAAAGAGGAACCUUUAUAGAGUUAAGGAACGGAAUAAUUAAUAUAAGCCCCAUCGGAAGAAAUUGUAGUCAAGAAGAAAGAGAUGAAUUCUCUAGUUAUAAUUUAAAAAAUAAUACUAUUGAAAAAUUUCGUGAUAAUUUAUCCAAAGAGUUUGAAGAUUUUGAUUUAAAUUUUUCCAUAGGGGGACAAAUAUCUAUAGAUUGUUUCCCAAAGGGAUGGGAUAAAACCUUUUGUUUAAGACAUAUAGAAAAUAAAUUUGACGAAAUUUACUUCUUUGGUGAUCGCACAGAUGAGGGGGGAAAUGAUUACGAACUUUUCAGAGAUAAAAGAGUAAAAGGAUAUAAAGUCAAAAGUCCAAACAACACAGUUGAAAUUUUAAGAGAGAAUUUCUUGUAA